AUGUCAUCGAGACGAAAGAAUAAACAUCCGAAACGAGCGGAAAACGCGAAGACGGUGGUGGUUGCGAGUGCUGCGGAGGAGGAGGGAGUGGGAGAGGGAGAGGGAGAAGAAGAACGAGGACCGGUGUUGUUGUGUUUGCGAAUACCUGAUGAUGAUGAGCAGCGCAAUGAGAUACGAAAAGAAAAGACUACUGCGACGAAAAGAGGGAAGAGAAAGAGAGGGCAACACGAGUGCGAUGUUUGCGAGAAGGUGUUUGUAACACCAUCCAAGUUGGCGAGACAUAUGCGUAUUCAUACGAACGAGAGACCGUAUAAAUGCGAUGUGUGCGAGAAGCGUUUUCGUGAAUCUGGUACUUUGAAAGUCCACGUGCGUAUUCACACGAACGAGAAACCGUACGAAUGUGAUGUGUGCGAGCAGCGUUUUACUCAAUCUUGUAGUUUGCAAAUCCACAUGCGUAUUCACACAAAGGAGAAACCGUAUGAAUGCGAUGUGUGCGAGAAGAGAUUUAGUCGAGCUGAUACUUUGCAAAAGCACAUGCGUAUUCACACGAACGAGAAACCGUACGAGUGUGAUGUGUGCGAGAAGCGUUUUCGUCACUCUGAUACUUUGCAAAAACACAUGCGUAUUCACACGAACGAGAAACCGUAUGAAUGUGAUGUGUGCGAGAUGAAGUUUCGUAAUUCUAGUAAUUUGAAAAAACACAUGCGUAUUCACACGAACGAGAAACCGUAUGAAUGCGAUGUUUGCGAGAAGCGUUUUCGUGAAUCUAGUGGUUUGAAAAGGCACGUGCGUAUUCACACGAACGAGAAGCCGUACGAAUGCGAUGUGUGCGAGAAGCGUUUUACUCGAGCUAGUAGUUUGAGAGACCACAUGCGUAUUCACACGAAGGAGAAACCGUACGAAUGUGAUGUGUGCGAGAAGCGUUUUACUCAAUCUGGUAGUUUGAAAAAACACAUGCGCACUCAACAUUAG